AUUCUAUUCUCUUCGCAGCAGCGCCGUACGUCUUCGGGAGAUCGAUGCUCGCCUGAUCGAUCACACGAUGAGUUGGGCGUCGAAGGUCUGCAGCUCUAGGACGCUGCGCCCCAAGCUCGGUGUCCAAGACCCUCGCGUGGGCGCUGGCUGCUGGCUGACGCGCAGUGUGACGUCGAGCUCCACUUGACUUUGAGGUCUUCUGAACCCUGAAUGACCCACUUCUUCAUCAGACGUCAGGGCAUAUAAGCAAGGAGACGAGCCGGAUCUGCGUUCCCUUCUUUCAACGAUAUCAAAACAAAGAACUUAAUCCCUCACAUCACCACUACCACACCAAUCACCGACAUGUCCGAGGCAUUCGCAGGCAAGUCCAACGCCCAGAUCAUUGACGAGCAGUCGGCCGACCUCGACCAGAAGUCGCGCGGCCAGACCGGCGAGUCCUUCAACCCCCGCAACACUGCUCUCAGCGAGGAGUCUGGACUCAACGAGUCCGGUGUCAAUGACAGCAGCAAGUUCCCUGGCGUCGAGAUCCAGCACGGCCGCGGCGGCAUGACCGGUGGAGGCGACGAGGUGCCCAUCCGUCCCGGAGAGGGAGCGGACGGGGACCAGAUCGAGUCGUCGAGGCGCUACGAGGGAAUUGGCGGACCGGAGGACAAGAGGGCGCAGGAGCUCGCUGACAACCCCGGAGGGUACGACGCAAGGCCGAGGGGAAUCGACGAGGUCCCUGACAGGUCCAAGGCAGAGGUCGUCCCCAUGACUGAGGGACAGCAGCUCGAGGAUGACCAGGAGGGCACCGCGCGUGGCUUCAGCAUCAACUCGUAGACGAGCGAGCACGCAAAAUGAAAUCAAUCAUACUGAAGAGAUCAUUCUGGCUUGACUGAUA